AUGGGUGACAGACUCACGCAACUACAAGACGCGGUUGACCAGCUCGCGCAACAAUUCGUCGCAUGUUUGUACUACCUUCACAAGCGUCACGACUUGGAGACACUCGGGCCCGACGACAAGAUCAGAGAGCUCAAACCUGAAGAUGAUCCAAAAGAAGUUGACCCCGUACCCCCCGACGAGUUCAAGGCCGGCCAGCUCGAACUUGCGCGCGAUCUCAUUGUCAAAGAGCAACAAAUCGAGAUGUUGAUAUCGACACUACCUGGCCUCGACAAUAGUGAGGAGGACCAAGAGCGCAAUAUCCAAGAGCUUGAGGAGGAACUCAGAGUUGCCGAGGCGCAACGACAAGAAGCAUUGAGGGACAAGCAAGAGGCACAAAAGAGGCUGGAUCAAGUCAUAAGAAGCAUAAAGAGGCCCGCCGCAGUUCCUUUGGGAUGA